AUGUCAGUAGAUCCAGAUUCACGCAGGAAAUUGUUAAGCUUGCAAAAAGUGGGUGAAAACAAGAAAUGUUUUGAUUGUGGUGCCCCCAACCCACAAUGGGCGUCUCCUAAAUUCGGUGCAUUCAUCUGUUUAGAAUGUGCUGGUGUGCAUAGAGGUUUGGGAGUCCAUAUAUCCUUUGUACGAUCAAUAACAAUGGAUCAGUUCAAACCGGAAGAAACAUUACGAAUGGAAAUUGGUGGAAAUGAAAGAUUGAGGAAAUAUUUUGAAGAGAAUGGUGUUGAUUUGGGUUUACCGGCAAAACAAAAGUUUGAUAACUUUGUGGCUGAAGAUUACAAGGAGAUUUUAACUUGCGAAGUUGAAGGUAGGGAGUAUGUGCCAAAGGAUCAUUCGGGUGAGAAGCUACCAGAUAAGGAUAGUAUUACUUCGACUACUACAUCGACUUCUACUCGUGCAGGGCCUGGUUUAACUAAUGAGCAAAAAAGCAAGAACGAAUCGUAUUUUGCCAGUUUAGGAGCAAAGAACGAAUCAAGACCUGAUCAUCUUCCGCCAUCACAAGGAGGAAAAUAUGCCGGUUUUGGUAAUACACCAGCACCUGCAUCCAACGGUACUUCAGCUGGUGGCUCAUCCUCAUUUUCCAAUUUUACGGUAGACAAUUUCCAAAAGGAUCCAUUAGGUACAUUCACCAAAGGGUGGGGUCUUUUCUCAUCAACUGUGGUCAAAUCGGUUCAAGAAGUGAACCAAAGUGUAAUUCAACCAAGUUUGACUCAAUUACAACAAAGUGAAUUUAGUGCUGAAGCUAAGAAGGCAAUGGCUCAAUUUGGUCAAAAAAUGCAAGAGACGGGAAAAUAUGGACAAGAAACUUUUCAAACUUUCACCAAGGAAGUAAAUGAACAAGGACUUAAUAAAACUAUUGAUCAUCGAUUUAAUGGAUUAUGGGCAAAGUCAAACAACAAUGAUGACGUACCUGUUGCUUUUGGGUAUAAAAGGUCCGAGGAUGGUGUCAAAUAUGAGAGUUUGUCAGGUGGAUCCAAUUCGAAAUCACAAGAUGAAGAUAAAUGGGAUGAUUUUUGA